AUGUCUGCUCCUAUUCAGAAUCUCUCCUCUUCAUCCGAUUCAAUGAGCGAAGAAGAAACAGAAUCAUGUUUAACUACUGUUUCAAAAGAUCUAAAGCCACUGCCAUUGAAGAAAUCCACAGGUAAGAAACGGAUCCGGGUUGAAGAAAGUACUGAAAGUUUUUAUGAAAGAUAUCCAUCACUGAAAAAAUCAUUGAAGUACGAACUUGCAUAUGGUUUAAACUUGUAUCAUCUUUUCGAAAAGUAUCGGAGUAAAAUUGGUGAUAUAAAAGCGAAAGAACUGGAUGAGAAAUGGUGUAAAUUGUUCGAGAAAGAGGCUGAAAUUGAGAGGGAGAGUGUCGAGUUACAGAAACUUAUGCAUGAGUCUAGCAAGAAGUAG